AUGUCUACUCCUACAAGUGACUCAAACCCAUUUUCCUCUUUAUUAGAGGCUUCUCUUCAUAUGACCAUUCAACAAGAGGUUUCUUCUUCUCCAAUUAACGUCAAGCUUGAUGGAAUAAACUAUCCUCUUUGGCCCACAGUCCUGGAGAUGCAUAUAGAGGCUCGUAAGAAAUAUGGCUAUAUAUUUGGAGCGAAGAUUGAACACAAGGCAUUUGAUCCCAAGUUUGAAGAGUUAGUGGCCGAGAAUGCUCUAGUGAAGUCAUGGUUGAUAAAUUUCAUGUAUACUAAUAUGAUGCUGAACUUUAUUCAAUGUAGAACAACUAAGGAUGUUUGGGAUACUGUGAAGAAGAUGGCCAGCCUUUAUCGUCGUUUGAAUGACUUAGAAAACCCUUAUGAUAUUGCUAAAUUGAAGAGGUGUACCUCUGAAGAGUGUGUCUGCUUACUCCUCGCAAUCCACAAUCUUGACCAAUUCUGUAGUCGAGUUUUCCCAUUGUUCCCCUCCUUGCUUCGUAAAGAGGCUCAACCUCAAGCUACCGCGGCUGCUAAAGGUAACUUUGAGGCAUCGGCCUUAGUGGAAAAGAAGCGUCCACCUCAACUCACUCUUCUUCGCUAG